GAGGAGGGAAGGAGGAGGAGAAGGAGGAGGAGGCGGGAGCAGCAUCCGGAGCGGAGCUGCAGCAGCGCCGCCUUUUGUGCUGCGGCCGCGGAGCCCCCGAGGGCCCACCCUUCACCACCACACCGGGGCCCAGAGGCCAUGGCCUGCCUCCAUGAGACCCGCACACCCUCCCCUUCCUUUGGGGGUUUCGUGUCCACCCUAAGCGAGGCGUCCAUGCGCAAGUUGGACCCAGACACUUCUGACUGCACCCCUGAGAAGGACCUGACGCCUACCCAGUGUGUACUUCGAGAUGUAGUGCCGCUCGGGGGCCAGGGUGGGGGCGGGCCCAGCCCCUCCCCAGGUGGAGAGCCGCCCCCUGAGCCUUUUGCCAACAGUGUCCUGCAGCUACACGAGCAGGAUGCAGGGGGCCCAGGGGGAGCCACUGGGUCCCCUGAGAGUCGGGCCUCCAGAGUUCGAGCGGAUGAGGUGCGGCUGCAGUGCCAGAGUGGCAGUGGCUUCCUGGAAGGCCUCUUCGGCUGCCUGCGCCCUGUCUGGACCAUGAUUGGCAAAGCCUACUCCACAGAGCACAAGCAGCAGCAGGAAGACCUUUGGGAGGUCCCCUUUGAGGAAAUCCUGGACCUGCAGUGGGUGGGCUCAGGGGCCCAGGGCGCUGUCUUCCUGGGGCGCUUCCACGGUGAGGAGGUGGCUGUGAAGAAAGUACGGGACCUGAAGGAGACUGACAUCAAGCACCUGCGAAAGCUAAAGCACCCCAACAUCAUCACCUUCAAGGGCGUGUGCACCCAGGCUCCCUGCUAUUGCAUCCUCAUGGAGUUCUGCGCCCAGGGCCAGCUGUAUGAGGUACUGCGGGCUGGCCGCCCUGUCACCCCCUCCUUGCUGGUUGACUGGUCCAUGGGCAUCGCCGGUGGCAUGAACUACCUGCACCUGCACAAGAUUAUCCAUAGAGAUCUCAAGUCCCCCAACAUGCUAAUCACGUACGACGAUGUGGUGAAGAUCUCCGAUUUUGGCACUUCCAAGGAGCUGAGUGACAAGAGCACCAAGAUGUCCUUUGCAGGGACAGUAGCCUGGAUGGCCCCUGAAGUGAUCCGCAAUGAGCCUGUGUCUGAGAAGGUCGACAUCUGGUCCUUUGGUGUGGUGCUGUGGGAACUGCUGACUGGUGAGAUUCCCUACAAAGACGUGGAUUCCUCCGCCAUCAUCUGGGGUGUGGGAAGCAACAGUCUUCAUCUGCCUGUGCCCUCCAGUUGCCCAGACGGCUUCAAAAUCCUGCUUCGCCAGUGCUGGAAUAGCAAACCACGAAAUCGCCCAUCAUUCCGACAGAUCCUGCUGCAUCUGGACAUCGCCUCCGCCGAUGUACUCUCCACACCCCAGGAGACUUACUUUAAGUCCCAGGCAGAGUGGCGCGAAGAGGUAAAGCUGCACUUUGAAAAAAUUAAGUCAGAAGGGACCUGUCUGCACCGCCUAGAAGAGGAGCUGGUGAUGCGGAGGAGGGAGGAGCUCAGACACGCCUUAGACAUCAGGGAGCACUAUGAACGGAAGCUGGAGAGAGCCAACAACCUGUACAUGGAACUUAAUGCCCUGAUGUUGCAGCUGGAGCUCAAGGAGCGGGAGCUGCUCAGGAGGGAGCAAGCCUUAGAGCGGAGGUGCCCAGGCCUGCUGAAGUCACACCCUUCUCGAGGCCUCCUUCAUGGGAACACAAUGGAGAAGCUCAUCAAGAAAAGAAAUGUCCCACAGAAGCUGUCACCUCACAGCAAAAGGCCAGAUAUCCUCAAGACUGAGUCUUUGCUACCUAAACUAGAUGCAGCCCUGAUUGGGGUGGGGCUUCCUGGGUGUCCUAAGGGCCCCCCCUCACCAGGACGGAGUCGCCGUGGCAAGACCCGUCACCGCAAGGCCAGCGCCAAGGGCAGCUGUGGGGACCUGCCUGGCCUUCGUGCAGCUGUGCCAACCCAUGAACCUGGGGGACUAGGAAGCCCAGGGGGACUAGGAGGGGGACCCUCAGCCUGGGAAGCCUGUCCUCCAGCCCUCCGUGGGCUCCACCAUGACCUUCUACUACGAAAGAUGUCUUCAUCAUCCCCAGAUCUGCUGUCAGCAGCACUGGGAGCCCGGGCCCGGGGGGCCACAGGAGGAGCUGGGGAUCCUGGCUCACCACCUCCAGCCCGGGGUGACACCCCCCCAAGUGAAGGCUCAGCGCCUGGCUCCACCAGCCCAGAUUCACCUGGGGGAGCCAAAGGGGAGCCUCCUCCACCAGUAGGGCCCAGUGACGGUGUGGGGCUCCUGGGAACUGGAAGGGAAGGGACAGCGGGACGGGGAGGAAGCCGGGCUGGGUCCCAGCACUUGACUCCAGCUGCACUGCUGUACAGGGCUGCUGUCACCCGGAGUCAGAAACGCGGCAUCUCAUCAGAAGAAGAGGAAGGAGAGGUGGACAGUGAAGUAGAGCUGACAUCAAGCCAGAGGUGGCCUCAGGGCCUAAAUAUGCGCCAGUCACUAUCUACCUUCAGCUCAGAGAAUCCAUCAGAUGGCGAGGAAGGCACAGCUAGCGAACCUUCCCCCAGUGGCACACCUGAAGUUGGCAGUACCAACACGGACGAGCGGCCAGAUGAGCGGUCUGAUGACAUGUGCUCCCAGGGCUCAGAAAUCCCACUAGACCCACCUGCUUCAGAGGCAGUUCCUGGCCCUGAGCCCAGUUCCUUGCCCAUCCCACACAAGGACCUACUCAGAGCAGAGCAGGGCCCUCCCAGUUCUGAGGACUCAGACUGUGAUAGCACUGAACUGGACAACAACAGUGGCGAAGGCGUGCAGCCCCCAGCCUCCCUCCCUCCCUGAAAGCCACUCUCAUUCCUGUACAUAGAGAAAUAUUUAUAUAAAUAAUAUAUAUGCGCCACAUAAUCAACAGAGAAAGAUGGGGCUGUCCCAGCCUUAAGUCAGGCUCAAGGAGACUGACCCCUGACCAAUUCACCUGAUAAACUCUGGGGACACUGGCAGCUGUGGAAACGAAGGACAAGUACUGCCCUAGAGCUGUGGGGAAGGGCAAACCGGCCCCUUCUGACUUCACCCAUUAUGUUCAGCCAGCAGUCAGGCAAAAGAAAAGCCAGACUUGCCUCCUAUGUUCUCUAGACUCUUUCCCCCAAAUUAAGGGGAGCAGGAAAGGGAGCCACUUAGACUGCACUUUUUUUUGUUUUCCAUUUACUGUUUACACAUUUUGCACUUGGGAGGAGGGAGGCUAAGGCUGGGUCCUCCCCUCGGAGGUUUCUCAGGUGGCAAUGUAACUAAUUUCUUUGUCCCUCCAUUUCUUUGCCCAAGCUCUGGCUUAGGGCCUAGGGGGAGGUUAGGAGAUUGUGAAAGCAUGUGAUGGCUCAGGCUGAAGGACUGGGGUGUUGUGUAAGUCCCUGCUUUUAUCCUGGUGCCUGAUUGGGGUGGGGACUGUCAUAUUGUAACCCCUGUGAAAAACCUUGAAAUAUAACCACUCCAUGCAGGCCCAGCUGUUGAGGGUUUUCUUGGUCAAUGAAGGGGUAGCAAUCACCGUUAAGAGCGAGCCUUGGGCUCCAGACAUUAUCUGAGGACUCUGGACCAGUUAUUUCGUCCGUUUAUGCUAUUCUCACUAACUAAAUGAACAUCACUUAAAGCUCCAACAUUCUAAAACUAUACGCAUAAAUGGGAGCGGGUACAUCUUUCUAAAGGAUUUUAGUAGAAGGACAGAUCUUAACACACCCACUUGUAAUAUUAAAAGAUGCCUGUGAACAAAAAGUUAUUUAAGACACUGAAGUUUUUAGCUUGAACGAGGGGACAGACAUUCCCAGGAACCUGAUCUGCAGUCACACACAUCCAACUGCUUCCAUGUGUAUGCACGUGUGUCCUUCCCCCGCCUCCCCUCAAUCAAGUACCUGCCCACUCUUUGCAAACGAGCCCUAAGAAAAUGUAACCCCCUAUCUUUAGGACCACGGGCACAGUCAGCUUGCUAUAGCUAUUAGGUCACUUUGCAAUGCAGGUUCAAGGGAAAAUCUGAUCAAGGGCUAAAAAAGAUGGAGUGGUAAAACAGAAGAAAAUAUCUUACUGGAAUAAAGGCUUAUAUUCAAAACCCAAGCAGGGUCCUUGUCCUUUGAGGGAUAAAAGGUGCAAAAAUAACAGCAAGACAACAGGAAUAAAACCCACAUGAAUCACUGUGGCAUCCAGUUUCUAUUCACAAAGAAAAAGCUCCAGUCCAUCUUUUAAUUUUUUUGAAAAAUUCCUGACAUUACAGAACUAAACUGAAAUGUAUUAAUAUUCCACUCUUACAUUUCCAUGACAAACAGAAAAAAAAAUUUCAUGAGCCAAAAAAAAAAAAAAAACAGGGAGAAGCUUAUAAAACUAAAUAUGGAUCUCAGCAUUAACAGCUGAACAGAGAAAGGAAUUAAAACGCUUUAAUUAAAAAAUCACGAGUGGAUGAUAAAGUGUGUAGAAACUGAAAAUUUACAAACUAUUUAAA